AUGAGUGUGUGGAUUUUUGUUAUGGCAGUUGUGCUCAACUGUGUUAACUUGUUUGCGCAAGUUCACUUCACAAUCUUGUAUGCCGACCUGGAGGCAGACUACAUCAAUCCAAUCGAAUUGUGCUCGAAAGUCAACAAACUGAUCACACCAGAGGCUAUUCUGCAUGGGGCUAUAUCAUUGUCGUUUCUAUUGACGGGCCACUGGUUUGUUUUCCUGAUUAACUUGCCCUUGCUUGCUUUCAACGCCAACAAACACUACCUAAAACUUCAGCUUCUAGAUGCCACUGAAAUUUUCAGAACGUUGGGAAAACACAAAAAGGAGAGUUUCUUGAAGCUUGGAUUCUAUCUGUUGAUGUUCUUUUUCUACCUAUACAGAAUGAUCAUGGCCCUAAUCGCGGAUGCCGAUUAA